AUGGGUUGGAAUUACUGCUUGCAAUGGUUGUUCAUUUUACCGUUGGAAAUAAUCGCUGGGGCGUUUACGAUAGGAUAUUGGAACCCGGAUCUCACAAAGUCAAUAUUCGUGGCUAUAUUUCUCUCCGCUAUUGUCAUAAUCAACCUUUUUGGCGUCAAGACGUAUGGCGAAGCUGAGUUUAUCUUUUCUCUCAUCAAGAUCACCGCAAUCGUUGGCUUCAUAUUACUCGCCAUCGUCAUAAAUGUCGGCGGGGAGCCCGAGAGCGGUUACAUCGGCGGCAUGUACUGGCGUAACCCAGGCCCCUUCAACAACGGCUUCAAGGGCUUUUGCAGUGUCCUCGUUACAUCUGCAUUCUCCUUCACGGGCACAGAGCUCAUCGGUCUCGCCGCCGCCGAGACAGCUAACCCGCGGAAAUCGUUACCAACAGCGAUCAAGCAGGUCUUCUGGCGCAUUACGAUAUUUUACAUUGUUGCGCUAUUGCUGGUUGGGCUAUUGGUACCUUCUGACGAUAAACGGCUUGUCGGCGGUGAUAAUGUCGCUGACGCGACGGCUAGUCCGUUCGUUAUAGCGAUAGAGAAGGCUGGUACUUCUCUACUUCCGAGUAUAAUGAAUUCUGUCAUCUUGGUGGCAGUGAUAAGUGUUGGGAAUUCCGCGGUUUUUGGAUCAUCAAGAACAUUAGCUGCGUUAGCAGAACAAUCGCAUGCGCCGCAGAUCUUUGCCUACGUGGAUCGACAAGGACGUCCGCUUAUGGCAAUAAUAUUCGCAUCAUGCAUCGGUCUCCUCGCAUUUCUCGCUGAUGUCAGUUUCCACGACUCCAUCUUCAACUGGCUUCUCUCUAUUAGUGCAUUGAGCACUUUAUUUACGUGGGGAAGCAUCUGCUUAUGUUAUAUCCGCUUUCGAAAAGCGUGGUAUUACAACGCACAUACUCUGGAACAACUGCCGUUCAAGUCUCACGUCGGCGUCGCAGGGGCCUGGUUUGCUUUUGUUGGGUAUAUCCUUGUGUUGGCCUCUCAGAUUUGGAUUGCUGUCUCGCCGGUUAAUGAGCCGGGUAUUGACAGGAGUGCCUCGGGACUUACACAGAAUUUCUUUUUGAAGGUUUUGGCGAUACCCAUCAUCUUGUUGUUCUAUUUAUCUCAUAAGGUUUGGUACCGGACGCAGAUUGUGCGUCUGCCUGAUAUGGAUGUUGUCACUGGGCGGAGAUAUUUUCGUGUGCAUGUUAUGGCGGAGCAGGAGCGGGAGGCGCGACAUGGCUGGCCCAAGUGGAAAAAGGUCUAUCGGUUUCUCUGUUGA